GUAAUUGGUGAUGCAAUUUCAGCCUAUAAAAAAAAGGAACGAAUUAACUGGGUAAGAGAAUGGCCAGGACAGACUGUUCUCUGUGUAUCCCAAAUCUUUUGGACAACAGAAGUACAAACAGCUAUUCCACUAGGGCUAAAGGCUCUUCAGCAAUACUUGCAAAAAUGUAACACACAAAUCGAGGAUAUCGUCACUUUGGUCCGUGGCAAAUUGUCCAAGCAGAAUCGUGUUACUCUGGGAGCCCUUGUGGUACUGGAUGUCCAUGCUAGAGAUGUCCUUGCAGCACUUGUAAAAAAGGAAGUUCGUGAUGACAAUGACUUUGAAUGGUUAAGUCAGCUUAGGUACUAUUGGCAAGAAAAUCAUUUAGAAACAAAGAUGAUCAAUGCUGGUUUGCGGUAUGGGUAUGAGUAUCUGGGUAGUUCCCCUCGGCUGGUUAUUACUCCACUCACAGACCGAUGUUACAGAACUUUGUUUGGAGCUCUUCACCUGCACCUUGGAGGAGCACCUGAGGGUCCAGCUGGCACUGGAAAGACAGAAACUACCAAGGACUUAGCAAAAGCUGUAGCCAAACAAUGUGUUGUUUUCAACUGCUCUGAUGGGUUGGAUUAUUUAGCUUUAGGAAAAUUCUUUAAGGGACUGUUAUCUUGUGGAGCCUGGGCUUGCUUUGAUGAGUUUAACAGAAUUGAUUUGGAAGUACUUUCUGUGGUUGCUCAACAAAUCCUUACUAUCCAAAGAGGUAUUAAUGCAGGUGCUGAUAUUCUAGUGUUUGAAGGAACUGAACUAAAACUUGACCCCACCUGUGCUGUCUUUAUAACAAUGAACCCUGGGUAUGCUGGGCGAUCAGAACUGCCAGAUAAUCUGAAGGCUCUCUUUCGGACAGUAGCCAUGAUGGUUCCUGACUAUGCCAUGAUUGCUGAAAUAGUGCUUUACUCCUGUGGGUUUGUCACUGCUCGGCCGCUGUCAGUCAAAAUUGUGGCUACAUAUCGCUUGUGUUCAGAGCAGUUGUCAUCUCAACAUCACUAUGACUAUGGAAUGCGAGCCGUGAAGUCAGUGCUCACAGCUGCUGGGAAUCUAAAGCUGAAAUAUCCAAAUGAAAAUGAAGAAAUUUUGCUGCUUAGAUCUAUUAUUGAUGUAAAUCUGCCAAAAUUUUUAUCCCAUGAUUUACCACUCUUUGAGGGUAUUACUUCGGAUUUGUUUCCUGGAGUGAAAUUACCAAAACCAGAUUACAAUGAUUUGCUGGCAGCCAUCAAAGAUAAUUGUGCCUCCAUGAAUUUACAAAUGACCAAAUUCUUUUCUGAAAAGAUUCUUCAAAUAUAUGAAAUGAUGAUUGUGCGUCAUGGUUUUAUGAUUGUUGGAGAACCAUUUGGAGGAAAAACCAGUGCAUAUCGUGUAUUAGCUGGAGCACUAAAUGAUAUAUGUGAAAAGGGUCUAAUGGAAGAAAACAAGGUUCAAAUAACUGUCUUAAAUCCCAAGUCCAUCACCAUGGGUCAGCUGUAUGGGCAGUUUGAUUUAGUGUCCCAUGAGUGGUCUGAUGGGAUCCUCGCUGUCAGUUUCAGAGCAUUUGCAUCAGCAGCAACUCCAGAUAGGAAGUGGUUAAUUUUUGAUGGGCCAGUGGAUGCAGUGUGGAUUGAAAAUAUGAACACAGUGCUGGACGACAACAAGAAGCUGUGUCUGAUGAGCGGGGAAAUUAUUCAAAUGUCACCACAAAUGAAUCUGAUUUUUGAACCAAUGGACUUAGAAGUUGCCUCUCCUGCCACUGUUUCCAGGUGUGGCAUGAUUUACAUGGAGCCUCACAUGCUGGGCUGGAGACCACUGAUGUUGUCUUGGAUCAAUCUUCUGCCUGCUUCAGUCAGCGCUAUUCAGAAGGAGUUUAUUACAGGCUUAUUUGACAGAAUGGUCCCUGUUUCUGUUGAAUUUAUUAGAAGGCACACAAAGGAAUUAUGUCCUACUUCAGAUACAAACUUGGUCAGAUCCUUAAUGAAUCUAAUAGAUUGUUUUAUGGAUGAUUUUGCUGAUGAAGCCAAACAAAAAGACAGAAAUGAUCGAGAAAUUUACUCUUUGCUUGAGGGCAGUGGUGGCAGCUACAAAGAUGAUGAUCGAUUGAAAUUUAGUAAGAUUCUUCGAGAAUUAAUGGAAGGUCAAAUUUCAGACCUAACUAGAAAUAAGUUUAAAUUACAGAGUGGUACUGAACAAAUAUCUGCGAAGAAAUUAACUGUUCCAUUUCCUGAAAAAGGAACAAUUUAUGAUUAUCAGUUUGUCUCUGAGGGAAUAGGAAAAUGGGAGCCAUGGGUAAAGAAACUGGGAGACACCCCUCCAAUUCCUAAAGACGUGCUGUUUAAUGAAAUCAUCGUACCAACGCUGGACACAAUCCGGUAUUCAGCAUUAAUGAAUUUGUUGACCACACAUCAAAAGCCUUCAAUAUUUGUAGGACCAACAGGAACUGGAAAGAGUGUUUAUAUAAUU